CCGAGCGGUGGGUGGCCUCCCGCGUGCGCGAGCCCGGUGGCGCGUCCGACGGGCGGUGCGUGCCGCUGCGGCGGGGCAUGGUGAGCAAGGGGCCGGUGCUGCGCCUGUUGACCGCCAUCAACCGCAGGAGGAUGAAGCUGCUCAUGGGGAUCGCCUUCAUCGCCUAUGUCGCUUCUGUAUGGGGAAACUUUGUCAAUAUGAGGUCUCUUCAAGAAAACGGGGAUCAAAAGGUGGAAAGUAAAAUAGAGGAGGCUGUUGCACCUCUAAGGGAGAAAAUCAAAGACCUAGAAAAAAGUUUCACCCAGAAAUACCCACCGGUGAAAUUUUUAUCAGAAAAGGAUCGUAAAAGAAUCCUGAUAACUGGAGGAGCAGGGUUUGUGGGUUCUCAUCUUACUGACAAACUAAUGAUGGAUGGCCAUGAGGUUACAGUUGUGGACAACUUCUUUACGGGCAGGAAAAGAAAUGUGGAGCACUGGAUUGGUCAUGAGAACUUCGAACUGAUAAAUCAUGAUGUUGUUGAGCCCCUGUACAUUGAGGUGGACCAGAUCUAUCAUCUAGCAUCUCCUGCUUCUCCUCCAAAUUACAUGUAUAAUCCUAUAAAAACAUUGAAGACCAACACUAUUGGAACAUUAAACAUGUUGGGGUUAGCUAAACGUGUUGGAGCACGGUUGCUGCUGGCCUCUACAUCAGAGGUAUAUGGAGAUCCUGAAGUUCACCCUCAAAAUGAGGAUUACUGGGGCCAUGUAAAUCCAAUAGGUCCAAGAGCUUGCUAUGACGAAGGAAAGAGGGUUGCAGAGACCAUGUGCUAUGCAUACAUGAAGCAGGAAGGAGUUGAAGUGAGGGUUGCCAGAAUAUUCAAUACCUUUGGUCCUCGAAUGCAUAUGAAUGAUGGUAGAGUUGUCAGUAAUUUUAUCCUACAAGCUCUGCAGGGAGAACCACUAACAGUCUAUGGACCUGGAACUCAGACGAGAGCUUUCCAGUAUGUCAGCGAUCUUGUGAACGGGUUGGUGGCAUUGAUGAACAGCAAUGUCAGCAGUCCUGUCAACUUGGGAAACCCAGAAGAGCACACUAUCUUAGAAUUUGCUCAGUUAAUUAAAAAGCUUGUUGGCAGUGGGAGUGAAAUCCAGUUUCUCUCAGAAGCACAGGAUGACCCUCAGAAACGAAAACCUGACAUCAGAAAAGCCAAGUUAUUGCUUGGCUGGGAACCUGUGGUCCCACUGGAAGAAGGUUUGAAUAAAGCAAUUCAUUACUUCCGUAAAGAACUUGAGUAUCAGGCAAACAAUCAGUAUAUUCCCAAACCAAAACCCGCAAGGAUGAAAAAAGGAAGAACAAGACAUAACUGAAGGCUCUUGGUUGGACAGGAAAUUCCUUGCUUGACAUUUGACAGAUGUAAUUUUUUGUUUCUUCUUUUAUUUUUUUUAUUUUUUUUUAUUUGAGAGACUUUGAAACACAGGUAUCAUGAAGAACAAACUGGAAUUUCAUUCUGAAGCUUGCUUUAAAGAAGUGGAUGUGCCUAAAAAUAACA